AUGCUACAGAGAAACAUUGGUCUUGUUUUCUCUGUUAUCAUUGUCUAUGUGCAUGGCUGUCCUGAUAAAUGUUCUUGUAAUGGUUCAGUGGUGAUGUGUGAAAAUCGAGGAUUUUCUUUUAUACCACAAGAUAUCCCCGACAAAACGACAGAACUAUUUUUAGGAAGAAAUGAGAUUGAGAACAUAACUGAAAAUCAGCUUGAAAAAGGUGCUUCCCUGAAGAAAUUGUAUUUGUACAAAAAUAGAUUAAGUCAUAUUCACCCUGACGCCUUUACCUACUUGGAACAACUGGAAGUACUAUCGGCAUCAUACAACCACCUGAAAAUAAUCAAACGUCAAUAUUUCUGGAAAACAAUUCGACUGAAGUUAUUAGAUUUCAGCAAAAACAAAAUUGAAAUGAUAGAGGACGGUGCUUUUGAAAAGCUUCCAAAUCUUCAGAAUUUACGUCUAAACAGUAAUAAGAUUAGAGCGAUAAGCAAUGACACUUUCCGCAUGGUUUCAGGAUUGGAAAAAUUGUAA